AUGUCCUCGUCCACGCAUUCCACCACUGCUCCGUCUGCCACCGCUUCCGACCCCACUCCCGCUGAGUGCUACGGCAAAACCGUGUCCCUCUUCCGCAUGUACAGCCCCUCCGCCACGGACCACUUCUACACCACCGACGCGACGGAGCGCGACCGUGCAGUCGGCUCCCUCGGGUACACCAACGAGGGGACCGCCGCCCAAGUCUUCUCCGCUUGCGUCUACGGCGCCGUCCCGCUCUACCGCCUCUACAGCGCGGGCGGCACGGACCACUUCUACACGACGAACGCGAAGGAGCGCGACCACGCGGUGGUCGCGCUCGGGUACACGAACGAGGGCGUCGCCGCGUACGUCUACCCGGGCGCGAAGUACGGGAGCGUCCCGCUGUUCCGGAUGUACUCGGCAUCGGCGUCGGACCACUUUUAUACGACCGACGUGGACGAGAAGAACAGGGCGGUCGCGUCGUUGGGCUACUCGGACGAGGGAGCUGUCGGGUACGUGUACCAGGUGAAGGUCGCGAACUGCUGA